AUGGCCCACGCUCCACCAUCACCUCAGAGCCCCCGACCACUCAAGCGGCUUCGGGGAGGAUCGGGUGAGGUGCCUGGCAUGGACUUUGGUGCCGCAGGAAACGUCUUCAAUUGGAGCUGGCCGGCGAGGGUGGACGAAAUAGGCAAGGAUCUGCCAGACUGCCUUGCUGUCACGGAUGGCUCACUGACCCUUACCUGGUCGCAGCUCUCCUCUAGGUCGAAGGCGGUCGCUGCAGCUCUUCGUACCCUGGGACUGACUGGGAGCCCCCACAGCGUUUACCCGAAGCGGUUUGGGGACGUCGUUAACGCACCAGCACCCAUGGUCGUGAUGCUACCUCACGCGGCCGAGUCCUUGAUCCUUGUCCUGGGCGUUUUGCGACAGGGCUUCCCUGUGUUGCCUUUGAGCAUCACUCACGGAAACAGGACCCAGUUGCUUCAGCGCUAUGAGGAAGCGAUGUCGCUCUUUGAGCCUGUGGCGGCCAUCACCGACUCACCCUUGGUGGCGGAGCUCCAAAGUCGUCGGCCGGCACUUCAGGUGAUUUCAGCUCACGAGCUCCUGGCAGCAGAUCACCCGAGGAACUAUGAGGAUGUGCCAAGCACGACGGAGCAUGCGCUGGCCUACAUGUUUACUUCAGGCAGCACAGGACAGUCGAAGUGCGUUUGCCUGACCAACUGCAUGGCGCACAGCGAGACGGAAGGGUAUCCAGAGCUCUUCAGCAAGCUGGGGUACCGCGUUGACCCGCAUAAGGAUCGCUGGCGCAUCGACCAUGAGAUGGGUUGGUGGGGUGCUGCCUUCUUCGGGGAGGUGGACGUCGCCCUUGCAAUGCGCAUGGGCAUCGUUCUCAUGAAGCCGACCGACCCGGAUUGGGGCGCUCGUGGCAUCACAGUCUCUGGGGCACUUCCGUCGCAAUUGAGCAACCUCUGGCCUGGUGCAAGGAACAUCCCUCCAAGCCUCAAGGUGGUCUUCAGUUGGGCAGAGCGUUGCGAUGUGGAGCUCGGUGCCACGUGGAAGGCGGCUGGAGUGCGCAUGGCGGAUCUGCUCAUUGCAACGGAGUACUUCCUCACCUUCGCUUCCUGCAACCUGGAGACUGCGACCAGCGACGGGCGCAGCGCCCAUGCAAUGCGCCCUCUAGGUAGAGCCAAGGUCUACCUCCUUGACGAGAGCUUUACCCCGAUCGAGGCCUCAGGUGAGGCCUCCGGAUUGCUUGGCGUGGCUGGGCCACAGGUUACCCCGGGCUACGUCGAACGGCUCGACGACGGCUCCGUGACGAUUGGAUCAGGACCCCUCAGCCAGGACAUGUUCAAGGUGAUUGAUGGUGACUGGGUGGCCGUCCCGAAAGAUAUCAUGAAAAAGCAGCGCGACCGCUACAUCAGCGUGGGUCGAGGUGGCGGCACCGUGAAGGUGAAGGGCGGUGUCCUGAUGGCCACCAAUGUGGCCGAGGUGAGGCUCGAGCAGGGCGGCGCGGUGGCCAGCGCGUGCAUUACGGACCCUCUGCACGUGGAGGGCGGAAGCACCGUGGUGCUGGAGCUGCGGCAGCGCGAUGCUUGGACCCUGCGCGACAGCUUGCAGCAGGCUGGCUUUCUGCGGCUGCCAGUGCUCUUCACACGGAAAAUGCUUCGUAACGCAAGCACUGGAAAGGUGCAGAAAAGCCUCCUUCAGGAGCAGAGGAAGGCCGAGCUGGAGCUGGAGCUGCAAGCUCAAGCGGCGCUUCACCAGGCGCAGGACUCACAGGUGGCGUGGUACCUGAAAUUGGCAAGGCGGCCUCUCAGCGCCAUCCUCCUGAUGCAGGGUGGGACCGUCUUGAAUCUGGGUCAGGCGUUGCUGGCGGCCAGCCCGUCUUUGCUCGCCUGGGCGCUGGUGGCUGUGCCCAAGGAGAGUGUCUUGCAGCUCUGCCUGGUGUCCUGGACAUAUGGUGCCUUUGCACAAGCCGGCAACCUUGGACGAUCGCAGAGCCUUGCCGCUCUCUGCCUCACCGCCACGGCUGGGGCGCUGGCGGCACCGUCCUGGCUGGGGCUCGCAGCCGGUUCAGCUUUGCUGGGCGCUGUGGCAUGGAAGGGACCUACUGACUUUGAAGAGGUGAGCCAAAACCGAAAGGAGAAGAGGCACCUUGUCACUUCGAUUAUCGUCGGCCUGGGCUUGAGGCUGUUGCCCUUCAAGGAUGCCACGUGGAUCUACUCUCUCGGAAUGGUCAUGCUCUUCGCUUGGAACCGGAGGUUGCCUUCGCCUCCGAACUCUUCUCGUGGGUUGGCAUGGGUCUUGCAGCGGGUGGCUUCGCAUGGCGGCAGCAUGGUGGAGACUCUCAGAUAUCUGGUUUGCUUCCCAGUUCUGUUCGUCCUGGCGCUGCCGAGCAUCAUGAAGUCUGAAUUCCAGGACUUGGCCUGGAACUGGCUUAGCCACAACGGGGUGCCCAUUGCUCGCAAGAAGGAGUUUCCGCCCUGCGCUGGGCCUGCAGAGCAGAUGGAGCAUGUGCAGAGCGGCAUGUCCCGGACGCGGAAACGCAAUCAGGAAUGUGAGGCGGUUUGGGUGGACACAGAGAGCAUGUUCAUGGAGGAUGUGGCGCAAAACGGCAGCGAAGAGGCAGCUGCGGUGGUCGCAGAAACUCCUGUGGCCCAGCGGGCGCAGCAGCUGGCCCGGCAGGCAGGUGUGGACUUCCGAAGCGUGGACUCCUUGCGCAUCGCGCGGCUCUCCAUCCUCCUCAAGAAGCACAUGCGCCCCAAGAGUGAGGCCUUGGAGUUCAAUGAGCUGCGCGAGGCCUGCACAGAGGAGCACAGUUUCCUGCAGUUGGCAGAAGAGCGCCUGGAGGUGAUGCAGACUACGGAAGCGGCAAGCACCUCGAAGUCGGAUGGCAGCUUGCUUCGCCCACUACAGAGCUGGCUGUGCAGUGGUGCCAGGAUCCACCGGGAGGGUGCCACAAAUGCGCCUUGGGACUGCCAAGUCGAUGUGCUUCUGCGCUGGGAUGGCGCUCCACUCAACCUGGGUACUCUGCAUGAAGCCGUGCGAUUUGUGCAGCGUCAGCACCCCAUGCUGCGAGCGCGGCCCCCACUGGAUGACAGCACCGACUUGAAGCUGGGUUGCAGCGGCAGCGGUUUCUCCACGACGGUUGCAGCCACUUGGUCCUUGCUUUGCGAGCAGGGCGCGGUUCCACGCAGUCUGCGGAAGCCUGUCGCAAAGGCUCUCUUUCUCUGUUGGCCUCGUACUGCCAUCUUGGAGGAGGCUGCCCCUUUUGACAUCCCGGUAUUGUCCCAGAUCUACAAGGGUGGCGCUGGCCAGUGCGAAGUCGAUGAGGUGUACCGCGUGAUGAACGACUCUGGCUGGGAGUGGUGGAAUGCCACAUCGGCUCUCAACAUGUGCCUUAUCAAGUUGGAGACUGAUGAGCGGGUGGUGCCGUACCUGUACUGCAGCAUCACGCACAAGUACGCAGAUGGUGGGGCGAUCGCUGCCUUCGUGCAUGCUUUGGAGGACACAUACCAAGCCCUGGCGCGCGGCGACACACCAUCUUGCUUUGAGCACCCAAUCUUGGAGGUUCAGCAGCAACGGCUGCGGCGCUAUCUGAGUGGUGCUGCCGGACAGGAGGGUGCUGUUGACAUGUACCUCUUCGACAUUGUCAACGACACAUACUACCACAAGUGGGGGCACAGCGUUGGAGUGCAAUUCACCCCCGGCGUUUGCGAGACGCUCCGGAUGGCUGGGCAACGAAUGGCAUGCAGCGAGGAGAUUGCCUGGCUCUCCUGCAUAGUCGCCGCUAUGUUUCGGAUGCUGCCCGACAAGUUGCUCCGUAUUAUGGUGGUCCACAACGGCAGGAUGGGAGAUGCCGAAGGCGCUGUGGCCUGUACCAGCAACUACGUGAUGCUGUCUAUUCCGUGUCUCGAUGCUUCGUCGACGCCACUUGCAGACAUCGCCUCCCGGGUGAAAUACGCCAUCACCCACGGGAAGUUCCGCCGGCCAACCACUUGUGAGCAAGCACACGCUCGGAUCAACAUCGGCGGGAUGAUUGGCAAAGAUGGCGACUUCACGCAAGUAUUCAAGACCUCCCAUUCCAGGUCUUCGGCAUGGAGCCGUGCCCCAUAUGUCAUCCAGCUUCGGAUGGACAACGAGGGUGGCAUUUGGUGUGUGAAGGAUUUCAAGUGUCAUGAGUUCGUGGACCCCACAACAUUCUGGACCGCGGCAGUUUGCAUUGGCAAGGAGAUUGCAGAGGGAGCCUACACAAAUCCAGUUGAGCCCUGA